AUGAAGAUUUAUUACAUAGGUAUAUUGAAACAUUUUGAAAAUAAAAACAAUAGUGCUGAUAGCACCGCAACAGAAAUAUGUAGUUCCAAAAAUUUAUCUGACUUUGGGUUUUUUGAAAGAUCAAGUGUUUCUCAAUUCAUGUCCUUUUUCAGUAACACUGUAGCCAGUAGAACAGGUCCUAACAAAAGACAAAGUAUACAGGAGGGCGAUAACUAUGUAGGCCAUGUGUACACUAGAAGUGAAGGUAUAACUGGUGUUUUAAUUACUGAUAAGGAGUACCCAGUUAGGGCAGCCUAUACCUUAUUAAACAAGAUAUUAGAAGAUUUUCUAGUAAUAGCACCUAAUUGGAAAACUGAUGCCCCUGAUAAUGCCAAUAUUCCACCAACAUUACAAGGCACCUUGGACAAUUACAUUAAUAAAUAUCAAGACCCAAGCCAAGCAGAUUCUUUAUUAAAAGUUCAACAAGAGUUAGACGAAACUAAGAUUGUCUUGCACAAAACUAUAGAAGGUGUUUUACAAAGAGGAGAAAAUUUAGACAAUUUAGUUGAUAAGUCACAUGAUUUAACUGCAUCUUCUAAAAUGUUUUAUAAACAAGCUAAGAAAACCAAUUCUUGUUGUGUACUUAUGUAG